AUGCACAAUUGUCUGGCAGACACCGCCAUCGAAGCUACAUGCCUGUCGGACACCAGCUUCGAAAAGCACCGUGGUUCCAAUGCUGCCUCGCCAGUACUUGAAGCCACAGCAGCCGUGGAUGCUGACAAGAAGGUUUUUAUUUCUAAGGGCAAGGCCAAGGACCAGAUGUUCGAGCAGUUUAUCAAAGCUGGUGGGGACAAGGACCAGUUCAUCCGCCGCUUCACAUUGAAGAAAAAAUCCGAGUCCAGCAAGGAGUUGGAUGAGGAGGGUGGGUAUUACACACCCGAGGAAAUGAAGAAGCUACUGAGCUACUCCCAGAUCGACCUUGUGGACAAGAACAUCAAGUACUACUGGUGCCGCACACGUGUCAAAGGCCUCAAGCGCUUGAGGCAGACACAGAGUGCGGAGGAGACGGCUGAGGCUGAGGGCCUUGGUCCUAUGGGGCUUAGUGGCCUGGAUGCUAAUGCCUGCACCCCUUCCGCCAUGGGCCUCCGAACUGCUGCUGAUGUUGAGUCCGCAAAGACUGAGAUGGAGAAACUGGAGAUCCAGCAGAAGGAGCUUCUGUUGGUUCAGGAAAAAUGCUCCAACCUCAGGGACAAACUGGCUACAGUGGAGACUCCGGAGAAGAAGGCCAUGGCCAAGUCGGCUGAGAAGCUCUAUGAGAGAAUAGCUGAUGCCCUGGCCAAGACUAGCACGAGCCAGCUGGAUGCCAGCACCCCCGAGGGCGCCAAGCUCUUAUUGGACCUUGCAACCGAUGGCAAGAAACUGCCAGGUCGACAGGAAGCGACCGAGACGUCGAAGUUCAUGGCCGAUGCCAUUGGUUCAGGACCGGGUGAUGACCCCUUCGAUGCACAUUCCGCUGUGGCUGAACAACGAGAAGCCGAUGAUGAAAGCCACAAGCAGCUUGAGAUGUUCAAGCCUUCGGUCCGUGAUCUACCACGACUGCGGGAGCUCUUGCAGGGAGGCCUCGGCAAUGAUGAUCGUGUGAAGCUCCGCCUGCCGCGACCUUUGCUGAGUGCGGGCAAAGCUCUGCUUUCCAUUAGGGAAAGGGUUGCUAGCAUCUUGCAGUUGGGGCCCACUGUCUAUAAGAUCGGCCUUACGGGUGAUCCCAUGUUCCGCUUUUACAAGAAGCCUUCGAAGACAAGCUCAUCAUCUGGAUACCGCUAUGAUCUAGAGCAAUACGAGGAAAUGCAAGUUUUGUUUGCAGGGGCGACAUGGGAUGAAGCUGCCUUAAUGGAGGCAGUGCUAAUUGCAGAGUUUCAGGGCCGGCCUGGCAAUCGCAAUAUCAAUCCUGGGGGUGAGGGGCGGCAAGUCUAUGACCCGCCAUACUUCACAUACAUUGUGUUCAAGUCGGCCCUGAUUGCGCCGAAGCGACAGCGCAGAUAUGCUUAUGGGGGAAGCUGA